CGGAGCGGCGGCGGCCGCGGUGGCUGCUGGGGAGCGCGGGAGGACGGCGGGGAGCGGAGGCUUUCUAACGUUCACCCUGGAGGAGGGGAAGCGCCGUAGAAAUGUCACGGAUUGAGAAAAUGAGUAUCCUCGGAGUGAGGAGUUUUGGUGUGGAGGAUAAGGACAAACAAAUUAUCAGCUUUUUUAAUCCGUUAACUAUUUUAGUGGGACCGAAUGGUGCAGGGAAAACGACUAUCAUUGAAUGUCUUAAAUACAUAUCCACCGGAGAUUUUCCUCCUGGCACCAAAGGGAACUCAUUUGUUCACGAUCCAAAGGUUGCCAAUGAAACAGAUGUUCGAGCUCAGAUUCGACUGCAGUUUCGAGAUGUCAAUGGAGAGCUCGUAGCUGUGCAGCGAUCCAUGGUUUGCUCCCAGAAAGCCAAGAAACCAGAAUUUAAAACCCUUGAAUCUGUCAUUACUAGAACAAAGCACGGGGAGAAGGUCAGCCUGAGCUCCAAGUGUGCUGAAAUCGAUCGAGAGAUGAUCAGCGCCCUUGGUGUCUCCAAAUCAGUGAUCAACAAUGUCAUUUUCUGCCACCAAGAAGAAUCCAACUGGCCCCUAAGUGAAGGGAAGGCCCUGAAGCAGAAGUUUGAUGAGAUCUUCUCAGCAACAAGGUAUAUUAAAGCACUCGAAACUCUCCGUCAGGUCCGGCAGAAACAAGGCUUGAAAGUAAAGGAGUGCCAGACAGAGCUGAAAUACCUGAAACAGAAUAAAGAGAAAGCACAGGAAAUCCAGGAUCAUCUGAGCAACAGAGAGGCUCAGCUGGCUGCUUCCAAGGAGAAUGUAAAAGCAAUUGAGAGUCAGCUUGAUCCUCUCAAGAGUUCUCUGGCAAGAGUCGAGCAGAAUCUCACCAAGGUCAUGAGGAUAGACAACGACGUCAAGGCCCUGGAGAGCAGGAGGCGGCAGAUGGAGAAGGAUAAUCAGGAUUUGCAACAGAAGAUGGAGAAGGUGUUUCAAGGAACAGAUGAACAACUAAGGGAUAGGUACCAGAGCCACCAGAAAACAGUGAAGGAGAAGGAGAAGAGAUUAUUAGACUGUAAGCGGGAAUUGGAUCGAGCCACUAAAGAAUGCCAGAGGUUUAACAGUGAGAAAUCGGAGCUCCUUAUUGAACGAGGUCGUCUUCAGCUGGAAGCAGAUCGUCACCAAGAACACAUCUCCACGAGGGAUUCAUUAAUUCAGUCCUUGGCAGCACAGCUGGAAUUAGAUGGUUUUGAGCAGAAACCUUUUAAUGAAUGGCACAUUACCAGUUUUCACACCUUGUUGAAGGAGAGGCAGCGAAGAGAUACAGAAGCUGCACAGCAUUUGAUGAGGGAAUUUACACGAAAAGAAGCAAUGAAACAGAAGGAGAUAGAUGAAAAAAGAGACCAGAAAACUGGAUUAGAAAAAACCAUUGACCUGAAAUCAGGCAUUAAAGAUAAGAAACAAGUUGAGCUGGAGAGUGUGAUACACGAAUUGCAGCAGUUGGAGGGGUUUUCAGACAGAAUUCUGGAGCUGGAGCAGGAGAUUGCCAGGACAGAAAAGGAGCUGGAGAAGACUGAGGGCAGCAGCAAUGUGGAGAAACUGGAACUGGAAGUAAGGACUCUGCAGAAUGAGAAAAUAAACCUGGACAAAGCUCUUAGGAAGCUGGAUCAAGAGAUGGAGCAAUUGAAUCUACAUACCACAACUAUUACCCAAAUGGAGAUGCUGAAGAAAGACAAGGCAGACAAAGAAGAGCAGAUCAGAAAAGUAAAAGCAAGACAUUCUGAGGAGCUGACAUCACUGCUGGGAUACUUUCCAAAUAAAAACCAGCUUGAAGACUGGCUUCAUAGUAAAAAUAGGAAGAUUAAUCAGACGAGGGAUAAUCUUGCCAGCCUUCACAAGCGACUGGCGUCAGUAGAGUAUCAGAAAACCCACAUCAGCAGUGAGCUGCGAAACAAAGAAGAGCAGUUGUCCCUUCAUCAAGAGAAACUCUCUGAUGUGUGUGGAAGCCAAGACUUCGACAGUGAUCUGAACAAGCUUCAGGAUGAAAUUGAGAAGAGCUCAAAACAGCGAGCCGUGCUUGCGGGAGCCACUGCUGUUUAUUCCCAGUUCAUCACGCAGCUGACGGAGGAGAAGCAGCCGUGUUGUCCGGUUUGCCAGAGGGGGUUUGAAACAGAGGCCGAGCUGCAAGAUGUCAUCAGUGAUCUGCAGUCUAAGCUGCGUCUUGCUCCAGACAAACUGAAGUCAACAGAGUCCGAGCUUAAAAGGAAAGAGAAGAAACGCGAUGAAAUGAUGAGUCUGAAACCACUGAGGCAAACUGUGGUUGAACUCCAAGCGAGGGACAUACCGGACCUGAGGAACAAGAUACAGAAUGCAAACAGGGAUUUGACAGGCCUGAAGGGUGAGAUAGAAGAGCAGGAAUCACUCUUGCAGACAGCUUUAUCUGAGGAGGAAGGUGCCAAGGCACGUUUGCAGGAUAUAACUCUAAUGGAAAGGUACCAGACUGAUAUUAGGGAUGUUGAACGUAAAAUUGCUCAGCAGGAGGCUAAGCUGCUUGGGGUUGAUUUAAGUAGGACUGUUCUGCAAGUAAGCCAAGAAAAACAAGAGAAAAAGCACUUGUGGGAUACAGUCACUGGUAAAAUUGAGUUAAACCAGAAACUGAAGCAAGACCAACAAAAUCAGAUCCAGCAGCUGAAGAGCACCGUUAAUGAGCUUAAAGCAGAAAAGCUUCAGCUCUCCAGCAACAUGCAGCGUCGUCACCAGCUGCAGGAGCAAACAGUGGAGUUAAGCACUGAGGUUCAGGCCUUAUGCAGAGAGAUCAAGGAAGCAAAAGAACAGGUAUUUCCCUUGGAUGCCACUUUAGAAAAGCUGCAGCAGGAGAAGGAGGAUCUAGUGAAUAAAAGGACUACAAGUAAUAAAGAAACACAGGAUAAGAUGAAUGGCAUUAAUGAGAAAGUUAAAGAUAUCAACAAGUACGUGAAAGAAAUAGAAAACUAUAUUCAAAAAGGAAGAGAUGACUAUAAAAAGCAAAAGGAGUCUGAACUUAGUGAAGUGAAUUCUCAGUUAGCUGACUGGGAGAAACAGAAGGAAAAGAUAAGUAAAGAGAUGGAAACGAUUCGACAGGAUAUUGACACUCAAAAGAUACAGGAAAGGUGGCUGCAGGAUAAUCUUACUUUGAGGAAGAGGAAUGAAGAGCUCAAAGAUGUUGAAGACAAUAUAAAGCAACUUGUGAGGGAGAUGGGAGAAAUGAAAGUCCCGGAAAUGAAAAAUGAACAGAAACAUCUAGAGGAGAAAAUCGAAUCUCUGAAAAGAAACCAUCAUGUUGCCCUUGGUCGGCAGCAUGGAUUUGAGGAGGAGAUUGUCCGGUUUAAAAAGGAACUUCGAGAGCCACAAUUCAAAGAUGCAGAGGGAAAAUACAGGGACAUGAUGAUUGUCAUGAGAACAACAGAGCUAGUGAACAAAGACCUGGACCUUUAUUACAAGGCUCUUGAUAAAGCAAUAAUGACAUUUCAUAACAUGAAGAUGGAAGAAAUCAACAAAAUAAUCCGUGAACUUUGGCGAAGCACCUACAGAGGACAAGAUAUUGAGUACAUAGAAAUUCGUUCUGAUGCCGAUGAGAAUGUCUCAGCCUCUGAUAAAAGAAGAAAUUACAAUUACAGAGUGGUAAUGGUAAAGGGAGGUACAGCACUGGAUAUGCGAGGAAGAUGUAGUGCUGGGCAGAAGGUGCUUGCUUCUCUCAUUAUCCGUCUUGCUCUGGCAGAAACAUUCUGCCUCAACUGCGGCAUACUGGCACUUGAUGAGCCUACUACCAACCUUGAUCGAGAAAACAUCGAGUCUCUUGCCCAUGCCCUCACGCAGAUAAUAAAAAGCCGCUCCCAACAGCGUAACUUUCAGCUUCUGGUGAUAACUCACGAUGAGGAUUUUGUGGAGCUUCUGGUCCGUUCGGAAUACGUGGAAGCUUUCUACAGGAUAAGGAAGACCGUGGACCAGUGCUCUGAGAUCAUAAAAUGCAGCGCCACCUCACUGGGCUCGUACGUUCAUUAGGAAUUUAAGUAAUUACAUGUUACAGACUGGCUUGGCUGCCUGACUCUGUAAGGGGUCAUAUGAAGGCGCCUGAAAAUACAGUUCUUUCGUAUUGUGUUACUGAGGGUUUGUAACAAUUUCAGUUAAAACCUAAAAAACUAUUGAAUUUCUAAGCUUUUGCAUAAAUCUGUGUCUGGGUUUUAAGGAUCACCGUAACCUGGACCCAUUAAGCACCACGGACAGAGGCAGCCCCAGCACCCAUCUCUGCUGAGCC